AUGUUAUCAGAUGAGACAAUAUCAAAUUUUCGUCUACAUCGUACGACACUUCUUGAAUCUAAUGCAAAACCAUUUGUUGUUCCUACAAAUGGACAAUUACAUGUACCAGUAAUAAAACAUCAACCUCCUGUAGUUUCUGAACGUGCAACAUCAUUACGUACAUCAAAAUCUAUUAUUGAUGCUAAAAAUCGAGCUGUUAGUGAUAGUUGUAUGGCUGCAGCUAUUGGAGAUCUACAAUGGCUUAAACAAAGUUUAAGAGAUGGGCCACUUGGUAGUGGUGAAGAAAUUACUAUAGAACAAACUUAUGGAAAAGAUGGUUUAGCUCCAAUUCAUCUUGCUGCUGUACAUGGUCGCCUGAAUUGUUUAUCAUAUCUUAUUGAAAUAGUUCAUAUUGAUAUUGAUCUACCAAGUAUAACAGGUUGGCGUCCAAUUCAUUUAUGUAUAUCAAAAGAAACGGGUUCACGUUCAUUUCAAUGUUUACAAUAUCUUAUUGAAAAAGGAGCACAAAUAAAUAUUACGAAUAAUGAUCAAUUAACACCAUUGCAUCAAGCAGCUUCAGAAGGUCAUGUACAAUGUGUAGAAUUUUUACUUGCACGUAAUGCUGAUGUUUAUGCUGAAGAUAGUCGUAAACAAUCACCUCUUGAUCUUGCUAAAUUAUGGGGACAUAAAAGAUGUGCAAAAUUACUUGCAGCUGCUAUGUGGCAUCAAAAUAAACAUUUAUCAGAAAAAGAACGUCUUUUAACACGUAAUUCAAAAAUGGCUGAUAUUUUACUUGAAAUCAAACAAGAACAUGCCAAUUUAUUUGAAGAAAAAGGCGAAGAAAAGUUUGAUCAAUGGUUAGUUAAUGCCGGUACUGGAUCUGGAGCACUUAAUAAGACAUCGAAAGAUAAUAAACGUUUUAUACCAAAACGUACUCGACCACCAACUUAUGUAAAUAAUACGAAAUGGAAUGUUUCAACUCAUGCUAAACCAAAUCCAUAUAUAACUGAUUUAGUUGAUGCUUAUCCACGUGAUCCAUUUACUAAAAUGCCACCUAAACAAGAUGCAGCAGCUGUCUAUCAAUUACUUCAAAGUAUGACAUUAACUGAUGUAAAGAAAUUUCUUGAACGUAGACAAGGACAAAUAACUGAACCAACAAUUUCUGAUGAACCACAAAAAAAACAACGACCUGUUGUUUAUGCUCCAUGUCAUGUACAUGAUAUACAAACAUUACAUAAACCAAGAAAAGGUGAUGAAUCCUAUCAACCAUUACGUUAUUUCGAUGAAGCCGGUUUACAUAUGACAAAUAAUGUACGAAAAAAUGUUUUCUAUAAUCAAUUAUCUGAAGCAUUGAAUGAAGGAGAAAAUACUUUCCUAUCACGACAUCAAGCAACAGAGGAUAGAACUAAAUGGGCCUUAUUUGAACAGUAUGGUUCAGAACUUAUUGAUUUUUUAACUGAUCAUCGUGGUCGUUUCAAACGACAAUAUGAAAAAGUUUUUAUAACUUAG